AUGGCGGCAUGCUACCGCAAGUCCACCAACAGCAUUCUCAGCAAGUUCGGCGUCGAUGCUGCAUGCCCAGGCACGGAAGACUCGGACGGCUUCUCGCGCUGCUGCUUCGAAGGCGAUGUCUGUCUCGGCAGCUAUAUCUGCAUGUCAAGAGACAGCCCGCCCAAAGGUGGUUCCGGGUACUAUACAGCCGGAUGCACCGAUAGUAGUUACAAUGAUACGACGGCUUGCACGCCGCUUUGCACCAGCGAGGGUUUACCAGACAUCACGUACGUGUACAGCGAGGAGCUGUGGCGUUGCUGCGGCGUCGUCAACAACACCGUCAGCUGCGACGACCCGACGGACAAGACUUUCAAUGCGCCCCCGCCUGAGAUGCUGCAGGCGGCGCUCGCAUCUAGUGUGGCUGCUGCUGCCAGCUCCGCUUCGUCGACCUUGAUGCCUUCGAUGACUACCCCGACGGCGGCAGGUGCGACGACAGUGUCCCAGGAUUCAAGAGAGUCCUCGGAUGUGCAAGACGGAGCUAUUGGUGUGAGUGCAAUUGCAGGGAUUACCGUUGGAGGCGUGGCAGCGGCGGCUCUGAUCGUGGCGCUGGCGUUUUGGGCUGUCAAGAGGCGACGUCGGUCUCAAGCAAGAGGUCAUGUUGACUACAAAGAUCAGAUCAGCUAUCCGAGCUCGACCAUGUCAGAUCCGCAGCACUAUUCCCAGUAUCCAGUCCGAGGACAUGAGCUGCAUUCCGCGCCGAAGUUCGAAUUGCCGGAGAGCUCGGGGAGGUGA